CUUCAUCUCUCUCAUGGACCUUGCUUCUGACGUGGGAGUUCGCCAUUCCGUCGCUCUCUCUAGCCUUGAUAUCCACCAUAUCGUUGAAUUGUCCCCUGCUGUCGCCUCCGUUGCUCGAGAAGUCCGCCUCUGCGUGUUUGCUAUUGUGGUUGGCUGGACUACUUCGCGCGUUGUCUCCGCGCUGCUCAAGCACCGAGCUUCGGAUUGAUCAAUUCUUUCCAGAAUUGUUUUUGUGUUUAUCUUGAUAGCGGAUUUAUUGCAUAGUGUCUGCUGAUUUCUUCUCAAUUUACGAAUAUCGACGCCAUUAUCUAUCCACGACCCAUAUCUAUCCACGACCCAUAUCUAUCCAAGUCCCAUAUCUAUCCAACGAGACACGACUGCAUCUCGCACAAUGAAGAUUCCCGCUUUGUUAUUCUCGGCCGCAGUGGCUACUGCGCAGUCGGUGAUUGAAUCCUCUAGCUUUGGCCAUGGUCAAACUUUAUCCCCCGACGGCAAUUCCAUCCCGGGAUGGCAAGUGGGCGGAGAGGGUCACGCUCCCCAAAUUCUUUCGAACAAGCUUAUUUUAACACCCCCGUACCCGGGCAACACACGAGGAUAUGCCUGGGCACAGACUCCUAUCUCUCAACCGGAGUGGACGGCAGAAUUUCAAUUCCGAGCGUCUGGCAUGGAAAGAGGUGGUGGUAACCUCCAGCUGUGGUACGCGAAGGAUGGUCAGCAGAAGAUCGGAUCGUCCAGCAUCUACACAGUGGGGCCGUUCGACGGGUUUGCGCUGGUGGUUGAUACACACGGUGGACGAGGUGGCAGCGUUCGCGGUUUCUUGAACGACGGAUCGACGGACUACAAGAGUCACCGAAGCGUGGACAGCCUGGCCUUUGGACACUGCGACUAUUCGUACCGUAACCUUGGCCGUCCGUCCGUGGUGCGCCUCAAGCACACACGCUCCAUCUUUGAAGUGACGGUCGAUGACAAGCUGUGCUUCUCCACCAACAAGAUCAUCCUGCCCUUCGGCAACACCUUUGGCAUAACCGCCGCCACCCCCGAGAAUCCCGACUCGUUCGAGGUCUUCAAAUUCGUCUCUCAGACCGCCCAGGUCGGCACAGGCGGCUCGUCUUCCAACCAGCAGCAGCAACAACAGCAGCAGCAGCAGCCCCCCGCAGCCCAGGCCCAGGCCCAAGGACAAGGCACCGUCCAACAACCCCGCGGUGAUACCUCCGGCUCCAACGUCGAACAACAAUUCGUCGACCUCAGCGCCCGCCUGCAGCUCAUCAACCACGCGACCAACAACGUCCUCCGCGAGCUCAACAACCAGAACUCCAAAAACGACCAGCGCCAAGCCGACCUUCUCCAAAAGGUCACUAGCAAAGACCAGUUCGCCGCACUAGACGCCCGAGUCCAGCGCAUCGAGCAACUCCUCCAGGGCGUCAUCCGCGAUCUGGAAGGCAAGAAUUACCACGAACGAUUCGCACAGCUCCAGGAUACGCUGCGGUCGUCGCACUUGAGUCUGACCGAGAGCUUCAAGGAUACUCUUAUGAGUGUGGUCACCGCGUCCGCCCCCCGCAUGGGCUUCUUCAUCUUCGUCAUCGUCGGCGCCCAGGCCGUCCUAGCCAUGUCGUACAUUGUUUACAAGCGUCGUCGCGCGGGCAUGCCCAAGAAGUUUCUUUAGUCAUUAACCAAUCGUAUCAUACAUACCUAUUUCAUCUCAUAUUUCGAAACUUAACCAUGAUCUACCACCUCACCUCCAUACCUCCAUACCUCACAUCGCCUACCCAAAUUCACUCAGCAUGGAUAAAAGAAGCAAGCACGACACCACCUACCUGCCUACCUAACCUAGCCUUGGAAAGACUCCCUCUAUCACACUGACUAUAUAUAUCUUAUCUAACACUGUAUCGCUGUGAUGCUAUUGGCGUUUCGUUUCGUUUCGUUUCGUUUCUGUAUAUGUAUUUACUACUACCUUAUCACAAUAAACUAUGAUUCUCU